ACUGAUGGGUGACACUGAAAGGCAGCUCAGAUGGGCACUGAUAUCUGGCAUUGAUGGGCACUGAAAUGUGGCAUUGAUGGGCACUGGCAGGCGGCAUGGAUAAGCACUGAGAGCUGGCACUGAUGGACACUGACAGGUGGCGCUGCUGGGGCUACACAGAUCAUCAGGGCACACUGAUCAUCAGUGCUCUGAUGAUCAGUGUACAUGUCCCCUCUGAGGAAUCUCGUGAGGAGAGAAAUGCCGAUAACCGGCAUUUCCCUGUUUACAUGUGAUCAGCUGUAAUUGGACACAGCUGAUCACAUGACCGAGCCGACAUCAUC